UACAAUUUUUAUAUAUAUAGAUAGUGAGGAAUGAAUUGGAAUGUUUCUUUUUCGUAAUCUCACAAAUUAAAUACUACAUCCAAAUAACGCAUGUUUUACAUAUCUACACAUAAUUACAAUAUAUAACAAACAUCAGCACUAUCAUAUGAAUUCUUUGUCAAUAUAAUACAAAUACUUGUGUACAAUGUAAUAAACUAAUACUGCCCACCAUGCAUUAUAGGUUGGAACCAUGAAGGUGUGUGUGUAAUACUACCAAACAAGAGAUGGUUAAUGGGUUUUUAUCCUUAUUGCUUUUCUUCUAUAUUGAUAUCAUCUCUAUUAUUGGUUUCUUCUUUUUGUAGUAAACAAAAGAAAGAUUAGAAUUGAGAGUUGAAACUACAAGAGAUGCUGAUGUGAACGGGAAACACCAGUGACGGCUUCUAUCGAUCUAAGUUGUGAACACGUUUGCUUACUUCAUGGAUUGAUAAAAGUUUUGAGGAGAGAUCAAAUAAGCUUUUACGUAAAGCAAACGAAUCACCGAUAUUUUGUAAGGACGUAAAUUUUUAUUCUUUUUAAAUUGAUCUUGAAAAGGACGUUAGCCAAAACUUGUAGACAUUAUAUUUUGAAAAUAAAUCUUUAUGAAAAUAAUUGUUGCUUCUUCGUCACUCUCACACAAAUUUAAUAUUACAUAUUUUGUUACCCACAAUCUUGUAAUGUUGUUGUAUCUUCCGAAUAACACAUGUUUUACAUAUUUACAGAUAAUUAUAUGUAAUAUUUAGCGGAAACUAAAUAAAAAUAAUAUAGAAAUAAAACCCAAUCAGUCAUCAUAGUGGCAACCAAGUGUAUUUACCAAUACAAAUAAAUAAACAAUAGGAAAAGAAGGCACUAUGAGUCCCCACACGGUUCCAUUGAGACAAAGGCUGGCAUAUGAAAGUGUAGAUAUGUGUGGGCGUUUGUGUAUAUAUAUACUAAUUUGUGUUGGUGCUUGAACAUCAGUGUACGUUAAUCGAUCACAAAGAUUUAAAAGAGUUAGGAAAAAAUAAUGGGAGUUUACUUUGGUAACUAUUGUUAUGUAAUGAUAAUAGUGUUGGUAUUGGGAGCAGAAGUGAGAAGUCAGUCGUUAAAAAAUGGUUAUUAUUCAACUUCAUGUCCAAAAGCUGAGUCCAUAGUACGGUCCACCGUUGAAUCCCAUUUCGAUUCUGAUCCCACCAUUUCCCCAGGCUUGCUUAGGCUUCACUUUCAUGACUGUUUUGUUCAGGGUUGUGAUGGAUCGGUUUUGAUUAAAGGGAAGUCUGCUGAGCAAGCAGCUCUAGCGAGUAGUGGUCUAAGAGGAUUUGAAGUGAUAGACGAUGCGAAAGCUCGGCUUGAGUCUGUGUGUCCUGAAGUUGUGUCAUGUGCAGAUAUACUUGCACUUGCUGCUCGUGACGCUGUUGACUUGAGUUCUGGACCAAGCUGGACAGUUCCAACGGGUCGUAAAGACGGUAGAAUCUCAUUAGCAUCGGAAGCAUCGAAUCUACCUUCUCCACUUGACUCUGUUGCUGUUCAAAAGCAAAAGUUUCAAGCUAAAGGAUUGGAUACUCAUGAUCUCGUCACUCUACUUGGUGCACAUACAAUAGGACAAACGGACUGUCAAUUUUUCCGCUAUCGUUUGUACAACUUUACGGUGACUGGAAACUCCGACCCAACCAUAAGCCCAUCGUUUCUAACGCAGCUGAAGACUCUUUGUCCUCCCAAUGGAGACGGUUCGAAACGUGUUGCUCUUGACAUUGGCAGUCCAUCAAAUUUUGAUGUAAGCUUCUUCAAGAACCUACGAGACGGUAACGGUAUUUUGGAGUCGGACCAACGGCUUUGGUCGGACUCUGAGACAAAUGACAUGGUGAAGAAGUAUGCGAGUACUAUUAGAGGCUUGUUAGGGUUUAGGUUUGAUAAUGAGUUUGGUAAAGCUAUGAUUAAGAUGAGUUCCAUCGAUGUAAAAACAGAUGUCGAUGGUGAGGUUAGGAAAAUUUGUUCUCAAGUGAACUAGUUUGAGUUAAACGUAAGAAAAAUAUAUAUAAAUAAUACCAUUGUCAUGUUUGAAAAAAACAUUGUGGGUUAGUUAAUCUUUGUCGUUAUAGAGUAUUUUCUGUAAUUGUCUUUUAAUCCUUGUAUUAUUUAUCUACAAAGCAUACAAAUAUCAAUCAAAUUGAAUGGCAAACAAAUUACUGGUGUUAAAUUUUCUAGCAUUUAACGUUUUAUCAUGGACAAUUCAAAAUGAUGUAUAAAACGAUGACUAUGGUAUUUAUAAGUUUUAAUUUUAUCUAAUUCUUCCUUCAAAAUAAUGACUACUGUUAAUGUAGUAGUAAUCUGUAAGCUUAUGUCAAGUAUUAAUAAAAGGUUUUCCAUU